AUGGGAGGUGAAUUUGUUGAAAACGGGAUAGAAUUCGCCAAUGGGAAAGUCCCUAGCCAUCACAUGACCCAAUUAACGGUGUUCUGGGAUAACCGGAUUCGAAAAAUCAAAGGCUACGUCCCAAUUGCGAUGUUCAACAAAGCUUGGUUAGAAGCCAACCAAGACAUUGAAGGGAAGAAAACAUUGAAGAAGAAAAACAAGGAUGAAGAUGAUGAUUCAGAAGAUGAGAAGUAUGAAGGACUUACCUAUCCAUCCAAACUGCGGCUGACGUAUGGAGACUGGGUCAUGUGUUUCAACCUAUUCUUGGACUACUUAGAGAAAUGGUCCCGAUUUGAGAAGUUGGUGAGGAAGUUUGAAGAGCACAAGAGGAAUGUAGAGAAGGUGAAAAGUGAGAACAAUGACAAGUGGAUGGUAGCGUUAAGGUAUGAUAUCAUGAUUAGGAGACAAUUCUGGACGACUAGAGUCAAAGGAGGGAAAGUCGGUGACCCAUUGGUUUGA